ACGUCAGGAGCAAAGUCUGUACUGGAAGAACCUGAACAACCCUUACAUCAUUAGGCUAGGCAGUCGUUUUUUCGUCCUGAUCUCGGUGUGUAGCUAUAAGGCGGACUCCGCAAAGACUCGACUCACAAGUCUGCUGUUCGAGGCUGUGAAAAGAACCAGGACUCAAGAAAUCCCUGAUUUAAUUUGACUUUUAACUUUCUCGUCCUCAUCAACAAGACAUGGUGCUCUGGAUCAUUCUCCCCAUCGCCCUCUCGCUGGUGUCAUUCAUAGGAACAUGGAGUGUAUAUGGCCUGGCCCUCUCCAAUGAACACGUGUGCUCCCUCAGUGACUGGGAGGGAAGCAACUUCUGCACAGGGGAUAAUUCCACUGGAUGUUGCAUGGUUCCUACCAUAAGCACAAGUGGAACCCUGUUACCGGAAAAUUCCCUUUUUACAGCCACAAUCAACGCUGCAUCCAUCCUGUUUCUGCUCUUCUGCAUAUUCCACCAUGCACAUGUUAUGGAGAAACACGCAUGUCAUUCUAUGCUGAGCAAGUUUGCGCUGGUAUUUGGCGCGGUGGCGUCCAUGGGGGCCUUCGCUGCUGGAAACUGCAACGCUGGUUACCUGUCACUGCUUCACUACUUCGGAGCUGCCACCAGCUUCAUAUGCAUCUGCUUCUACACUAUCCUGCUCACUGUCCUGACCAAGAAGUGUGUGCUGACUGGGUACGAGAAGAUCCUCUACCCAUUCCGCAUCACCUCCACCGUGAUUCAAGCCAUCGUCACCCUCUGCUAUCUGAUUCUGUUUUCCCAGAGUGAUUACUUUUACGUCCACCUAGCUGCCAUAUUUGAGUGGAUGAUCAGCGCCAACUUGGAGCUGUUUGAGUUCAGCUUCGCCGUGGAGUUUUACUUCUUCUCGUCCUUCAUGCUUUCAAACCUGCUGAACAAACGAGAAGAAGAAAAGCCUCUCAUGAUGACGAUGCCCUGAUGUGAGGCAUCACAUGAAUCACACGGGCAAAUGAUGGACUUAAGGCAAGACAGUGACUGGGACAUGGCAGGGGAACCUGGAAUUAUCUUUUUCAUCAUCCUGCAAAGAUGGAUUUUUAAUCCAUUCAUAGAUGAGCACUUUUUUUCCUCCCCCUGGAAACUGUAGUUAGAUUUUACUCACCUGGUAAAUCUGUUGCAUAGGUCAAAUCUUUAUUAUUUAUUGGAACAAGACCAUUUGUGCGGGAUUAGCAAAAUACAUCAGAUGCAAUUAUUUAUUUUUUUCCAAGCGAUGUUGAUGCGCUGCCAAAGUUCAACUAACCUGGGGUAUCAUACUCUGAUAUCCUUGUUUACAUUGGGUUUUUUUUAUGGAUUUUGGCACAAUCAGCAAUGACCUAAGAAUUUAUUAUUGUGGAGACUUUCAUUAUUUCUGAUCGUUUCUUAACAUGAAGGUUGGAUGUAAGGACUUACGUUGAGCUCCGGGACUUCAAGGAAAUCAUGACACCGACAGGUCCUGUUCAUAGAUUUGACUGUGAGAUAACAGGCGGGAGGAGGAAGUGAGAAAUAUUCAGAUUUAAAGUUUCCUAUGAGCGCAAAAGAUCCUGUUUGACUGAAUGAUUAAAGAGCGACGAGUCAGAAAAAUAUGAUUGGACAGUUUAUCCACACUAAAAACGAGGGUGAAAACUAAACGGCAUAAGUAUUAAGGCCAGGCAGCAGUGACAACGUACAGAAUAGUGGGGGGGUUGUCUGUUCUGCGGCCCAUUACAAACUUUUAAGGUGUGAUCUAUUAAUGUAUUUUAGUGGUUGUGAGAAUAAAACUAAUAAUUUAAGGCGCUUUUAUAUAAAGUCACUUCAAAGGCCGUGAAAAUAGUUCUUUCUGCAACUAUGUGGUCCAACAUGAAUAUAUUAUGAGCAGGUUUGCUUCUUUUUCAACUUAAGAUAUAGUAUUUCUGCAGUUGUGGUCUCGUCAUUGUUUUGCUUACCACAGAAAUCAGAGCUUCAGAGAGAAUGCAGCUGGAUGUGUAAAUAAAUAAAUAACUUCACCAUA